UAUUUACAGACGCAGAUCAAUGAAGGGAAAAUGGCUGCACGAAGGUAGUAUACUUCAAAGCCUGCGACGAAGGAAGACCGUCUUCCGCGUCUGCACACCCAAUCAGAGACAAUCUAGUGCAAUGGCAGAGUGAUGUGGCUAUCUAUGAAAAUUAAUCAUGGCGAUGACUCAGUUCACGAAUGAAAUUCUGAAAAUCAGUGUUGCUCAGAUAGGCCAAACUAUUGGCUUCCAAGGAAUAUACUCAACACCGCUAGAUGUUUUGUCAGAUUUACUUCAUCGUUAUAUGACUGAGGUGUGUCGCCUCACCCAUAGAUACACAGAACAUUUUGGUCGCACUGAUCCCAAUCUUGAUGACUUGGGUUUGGCUUUCCUCGAUAUGGGUAUAUCCAUCGCUGAACUUGAAGAGUAUGUGAAUAAUGUUGAGUGCCCUCCAUUUCCUGUGAAGCUUCCAAGUUUACCUGUGCCACGUGCUUCUAAUCUGAACUUUUUGAAACCUGGGUCCAGGGAGAUAUUGUCCAGGCCAAUACAUAUACAUGAACAUUUGCCACCAAUGUAUCCAGAAAGAGAAGAAGAAGAAUUAGAAAUGAAGGUUAACACAUGUUUAGAUGAUGUUCUUGGAGAGAGUUCUUCACCAUUACCAUCCCCCCAGGCUUCUAAUAAACGUUCUUCAGACAGUGACACAUCACCUGCUAAGAAACCUAAAUACUCAUUAGAUGAUGAAGGGCAACCCAUCAGGGAGAUAGAAAGUGUGAUGAUGACAACCUCUGGAUUUAUAUCCUCCGCAAGAGAGGGUAAAUUGCCUGAAGCACGUGUCCCUAACAUCCCAAUGGCAGCUCCACGCAGUUCUUCGCCUGCUACUGGUGAGGGGGCAGCGGGAAGGAAAAAGAUUGCAGUGGAAAAGCUCAUUCGAAUGAAGAAUAACCAGGUUGGACCACCAAAACCUACUCCUAAUAAGCCAAAACCACCCAAGGAAAAGGCCAAUAAUAAACCAAAUAAUAAAGUUAUGAAGGAUAUAAAAAUUCCUAAGAUGCCCAAAAUUCCUAAGCUACCCAAACCAACAGGACCUGGGAGCAACCCUCCACCUCUUUUGCCACAGGGCACUCCAGGCACUCCUCUUGCUCCCCCAAAACUGAAGAUGCCAACUCCAAAGCCUAAGGCCCCAAAACCAGCAAAAUCCCCCAAGACAGAGGCAAACAAGGCUGCCACUCCUAAACCCAAGGAUCCUGGAAAGGAAAAUGAUACCAAGCCAGCAAAGAAAGAAAAGGAACCUGGAAAGAAAACUAAAGAAAAGAAAGAAAAGGACCCUGCUACAAAGAAGAGCAAAGAAGGGAAGAAAGAAAAGGAAGGAAAAAAGGAAAAAGAGCCUAAGAAGGAAAAAGAGUCAAAGAAGGAAAAGGAAAGUAAGAAGGAGAAGGAACGAGAAAGAGAGAGGGAACUUAUAAGGGCUUUGGCUGCAUCAUCAGCAGUAACAGUGACAUCUAUACCAGCACCAAGUAAGCCACCAGAUAUUCCAGGGCAAGACAAGGCUGAGGGUAAGUCAAAACUAAGUAUUUUUAAGAAGAUAAAUAAGACAAAAGGUGACCCAAAGGACAUGGAAAGACAAGGGGACAGAGAAAAUCUUCAGUCCCGUGAUAGUUCUCCAGAUCUAAUGAUUGAUGAAACUCCUUCAAGAAUGGGACAUAGAAGACCACCAGAAGAUUUCAGCAUUCUUGAUAAUCCUGUUCGGAGAUUAGAACCUCCUUUAGAAAAUCUAGCAAGGUCACCAAGAGAGUUUUCAUCAUAUCCAGAUGACCUUUCACCUCCUGGAACACCAUCUGCUCCUCGUACACCAGAAAUUCCCAACCUCCCAGUUCGACUUCCUACAGAGAAACGUAAAAAUAAAGAAAAAGCUAAGGAUAAAAAGCCAAGAAAAGACCGCUCAAAAUCUCCAAAGUGUGGCUUUAGUCCUGUUCAAAGGGAUAUCUCAAGCAUGGAGACUGAAACCCCAGAACGUCCAAAAACCCCAGAAGUGCUUCCUUUAGAUGAAAUUCCUGGACCCUCCGCCACUCCGUUUACUCUACCUUUUCCAAAUGUACCCUCAUUCAUUCCUCCAUUCUCAAGAUUUCCCUUCAUUCCCUUUGCUGGGCCACCUCAGCGGCCUGGGUUGCCACCACCAGCACUACCAGAUCUUCGAAUUACUUCUUUCAUUUCCCGACCACCAAAGCGCCCCAUGGAAGAUGAGCAUUUACCUUUUUAUGAUCCGGAAGUCCCAGAAAGGCCCCUUACUCCAAGACAUGAUCGUGAUUCAAGCCCGUUGCCACCUCAAAGCCAUUCUUCCCCACUUCGUUCACCUUCUCCUGUUCAGCUGAUGGAGACACCCCCACGUCCAAGAACCCCUGCACAUCACUCACCACCACCCAUGGUGAAGAUAAAACCAGAAAAACCUGAAAAAGAAAAGAAAAAGGAGCACAAAAAGGAGAAGAAAGAAAAGGAAAAAGAAAAAGUGAAAGAAAAGGAGAAAGUCAAAAAGAAAAAAGACAAGAAAGACAAAGAUAAAGAAAAAGAGCCAGAUAAGAAGAAGAAGGAAAAAGUUGACAAGAAAGAGAAAAAGAAGGGAAAGAAGGAAAAGGAAGACAGCACCAACGCUUCUCACUCAGCAGCUAAGGUGCCUCUGUCAUCUGUUCCCUCUCCACCUCCUAGACCUUCCUUGCCGCUACCAACUGAAGGAACUCCCAAACUUCGCCAAGAGAAUUCCAACAGAGUAAUCAAGCCAGUGGUAAAGCAUGCAGAUGAGCCAGCUGAAGUUAAGUCCUCAUCUUCAUUUUCUGGUUCUCGUGAUGACCAACCUGGUUCUCCUGAAAUUGCCAAGAUUUCAGCCCUUAUUACCAGACCACCACGUAGCCAGCAGAAAAAGAGUGAAUCACCACCUGUUGUUCCUGUCCUCAAAAUAAAAGAAGUGCAGCAGUCAUCUGCAAAACAAAAAGAAAGUAGUAAAGAAUCCACUCCAUCCCAGAGUAAGAUGAAGGAUACCAAGGAGGUCCCACCUUUAAAGAUCAAGAAUAUUGUGACUUCUUUGAAAGUCCCAAACACACCCAAAGGAUCUGAUGAUAAGAAGACUGCAGGGAGUAAAAAGUCACGCGAAAAGAAAGAGAAGAAAGAAAAGCCUCCUAAAGACACAGGUAGACCACCACCUGUAUCAAAUCCACCUGUACCUGCUAUGGUUAAUGCAUCAUCAAGUAGUCGAGUAAAUAUACCUCCUCCUGUUCAGCCACCAGUUCCACCCCCAGUUAUACAUGCAUCUCCACCAGAACCUCCCAAAUCAAAGAAGCAAGAGCAGCAGAGUACUGGCCUUUUGACUGAAACUGUUGGGCCUAUUGGCCAUUUUGUUGAUGAUCAGGGCAAUGAAGUCUGGAUAUGCCCUACUUGUGGAAAACAAGAUGACGGAACUCCAAUGAUUGGCUGUGAUACAUGCGAUGACUGGUACCAUUGGGUGUGUGUUGGUAUUCAGGUUGCACCAAACGAAGAAGUUAAUUGGUACUGUCCUCGAUGUGUAUCUCAACAUCAACAGCGCUGUGCUCCUCCAGAAAAAAAGAAGCGUGGUCGUAAGAAAAAAUUUGAAUCCCCUUAAAGCAGAGUACCGGUAAUACUUCUGUGGAUAUCUUUCUUUGAGUAAGGAAGAGCUUUCAGUCUUCUCCACUUAACUAAAGCUCAUGUUCUGAAAAGGACCUAGUUAUAGCAGUCAUCAAAAGAAUAUCACUUUUAAAUUAAGAUUAGAUGUUCAUCACCAGUGUACCUGACAGUACAUGUUUGUGCACAUAACAUGUACUUUACAACAGUUGAAUUUCUGUCAUGAUUAAAUGGUCAUUGGGUUUACCCCUAUGUACUAUUUUGGCUGUAGGGCUGGAGAAUGGUCAUAGAUAUCUUCUCCAUAUACCUUUGUCAUUUAUUCACAGAUUCUUUUGUAUUCCAAGGGGAAUCAUCCUUUUUGUAUAAAAUGUUGAAUAAUGGUUUCUGAUGAUAGCUGAUAGGGAAGAAGCCAGCCUAGUUUACUAGUUCUUUUUAUCAGAAGAUAACAAUAUGCAGUGUAAAAAUUUGAUGCAGCUUUUGAUCUAGUUAUUCUCUAAAAUGUCUUGUGAUAUUGGCUCUGUUUGGUUUGAAGGUUUAUCUGAGAGAUAAAUGUUGUACAAUGUUCAUUAUGGCAAAGCCAUGUACAGUAUGUAACAGAGUUCUGCAUUUUAAAUGUGCAUAUUUUUAAGUAUAUCAGAUGGCUUAUUUGGAAUGUUUAUCUGUAUAGUAUUAACAUCUUUGCUUCUGACAUUGGCUGGUUACUUUGUUAUUGUUAUUAUGUGUUUGUUAAUUGCUUACCAUCCUGGCUUGAUGUAAUGGGAAUUGGCUACCUAACUUAGCAAAAACCAAAGUAGAGCACCGUACAUUAAAUUGUAAAGAUAUCACUAGUACAGAUGUUGCACCCAGCUAUAGAGUCGUUGUGUUGGGUAGCAAAAUGUAGCAGAAAACAUAAGAAUUGUUUAUGUGGGCUUUAGCAUGAGCAAAUUUUUAGGGCAUUUCACAGUGAAAGGAAUGAGUUUACAUAUACUAUGUCAGUUAGUAGUUCUGUCUGUCGCUGAGCAUAUACUAUGUCAGUUAGUAGUUCUGUCUGUCGCUGAGUAGCCUGGAAAUAACACCUAAAUCAUUUUUAAAGAUGAUGGCUAAAAAUUUUCAUGCACUUUGUCCUACCAUGACUUUCCAUUCUCAAUCUUUGGUAAAACAUGGAUUCUAAUGAAAUGUCUUCCAAUGUUUGAGGUUUAUUCUUGAAAGGUAGCUGUAAAUCACAAGAAAUCAGCUAUACAAGAGUAAUCAUACUUGGGCAGUGUUAGCCUUUGAUUUUUUUUCACUAGUUAUUAGUGGUAAUGCAUACCUAAACUUGUCAUUAAAUCAUACAGUAUAAUGAAUACUUAUCAUUUGGUGGUGUGGAUAUGUCUUGAAAACUAGCACAGAGGAAAAUAUAUUUGAAGCCAAAGGAAAUAGCACUACAGCUGUGGAACAAAAUACAGUAAAGUUAAAGUAAUGAAAAAAGUUGUUUUAAGUAAAAAUGCUUGAGAUGUGAAUGGAAGUGAAGAAAACAAAAAUAAGGGAUCUACACACAUCAUUGCUUUAUCAUUUGUAUGAAUAAAAGUAUCACAAAUUACUACUUGUAUUUUUAAGGGUCAUGCAGAUUUGAAGUAUAUCUUCCUUGCUGAUUUGCUAAGCUUAGUAUCAAGAGUUUAUAUUAAAAGUACAAUAAGUUAAUAGUUGCAAUACAGACUACUACAAAGUUCAUGAAUACUGAAGCAUUCUCUUAUACAGUAAUAGAAAUUUAAUUAUUUUCUUGAAAGCUCUCUUCUUGAAGAACUGAAUGUUUAUGCUUUACUAUGAUAUUACAUACUGUAUGUCAGAAAUUUUAACUCAUACAUAUUGUGUAUCCUUGGCCUUGUUUAGUGAAUGUCUUCUGUAUUAAUUUUUUGUAUUGGAAGCUUAUAAAAUAUUUUUUUUAUCAUAUUUCCUACUGUGCACUAGUACCAUAUUAUGGUACCUUCCUAGAUUUGCUCAUAUUGUGGCCUUACAUAUCCAUUUGCUAUGUGGUAGCUGUGCUGUUCAUAGGGUUUGCCAUGGUAGUGGGGGAAUAUUUUAAAUGUAAUAUGUAUUCCACUGAAAGAUUUCUCUGUAUACUGAAAGUAAUGUUUGGAGAGGAGUGGAAGACUAUAAAGCACCAAAUGUUGGGGCACCAACUAGUCAGAUUGUAGGUUAAAUGUUUGUUAGCACAGGGAAGGGAAGCAGGUCAUGAGGCUAUUUUGGAGUAAAUGUAUAAUUUUAGUUAUGCAGAAAAAAAUAUGUAAAUUAUGGUAUGCAUGUAUUCAUGUACAUCUGACCAAACAAUUGCUUUCAUAUAUCAAAGUAUUUUUUACUUACUAUGUGAAAAUUGUAUACUUUCAACUAUUUCUUUGCAGACAUUACGUUACAUUGUUAUAUUUUUACCAUUUUUAUUGCAGUAAAAUUAAGUACACAAACAAGAAUAAAUAAUUGAUUUUGCAUAUUUUAAUAGUGUUUUAGUAUUAAAAUUACAAUCAUUACACCCCCGAGAAGUUUAAUCUUUGAAUUUCCCAUAAAUCAUACUUAUGAUUAGAUGUUUUACAUUUCCUGUAUGAAAGCUAGUACCAUUAUGGGCAAAAGUAUCAUGAUUCAAAAUUUCUCCAAUUGGUAAUAUAAUGACUAAUAACCAACUUAUUACAAUAUUGAGAAACUCUUAGCCUAAGUAAUCGAUAUUAAUUUUAUCAAUUUUGUAACGGAACCCUUAAUACUAAUCUCAGUCAGAUGUCAUCUUAUUUACAUUUAUUGGUCUGCAUUUUAGCUAAACAAAAUCAUGUUAGGUAAAGUCAGACUGUAAAUCAUCUUGCAUCAUUAUUAUCAGUUUUUAUACAUGGAAUGGGUUAUCCUGCCUGUCAUGCCAUAACUGUCUGGUACUAUUUUAUCUGUACUAACUGUUCCUCCUCACUUCUCAUCACAUUUUCAGUGUCUUCAAGAUCUUGGUCAUCUCAGUGGCAUUCUAAUGUCACGUCCUUUAUAAUUUUCCACUAUCUCUGUCAGUGCCCUUAUACGUACUCUGCUGCUUAGAGUAGUAUUGGCCUUGUACACACUCAAUAUUCCUGCAGCCUCUUUCUACUUUUGUAGACUAUUACUACUCUAUCUUACUGCCUUCUCAAAGGUAACAGGAAUGUUCUACCUCUUCUAAUUAAUUUUUUUUUCUUCAAAGUUCACCUCCUUAUUGAAGAGCAAAUUCCUCUAGACAGCAUUUCAGAUUCAGAAAUGUGACUCAACUGGUCUUACCUAGUUGCAAUCUUUUAUGCCCUUUCAAGAAGCGCAUCAGAAUUCUUUUUCAAGUAUCUUCGUUAUGUUAUAUAUCAUAGUUUGUUGUUUAUUAUUGUUGGACCUCUUGAUUUGCCCCUAAUGUCAUAAUUCACAGUUAUAAAGAAGUAGAGAACUGAAAGGGAGGGAAUACUGUAGUACUUAAAUAUGCUAUGAAAAGUUCAGCCUUGCAAUCCCUCCCCCCACCCCCCAGUGCUUUUUGCUUACUUACACACACACACACACACACGGUAGAGCUUGUGGGUGAUAAAGUGGCCUUAUGUAGUAAAAGUUUUGCUUGUUCUAGUGUAACAAUAGUUUGUUGGCUUAUUUUUUUACUUGUAGGUAAAAUGUAUGCAGAGCAUUCAUUUAUAUUGGGAUGAUUUUUAUCAUUGUCUUAAUUAUCAGGUUAUAAUUUUUUUUAUAUUUACUUGGAUAAUGUCAUGAGAUGUUCAAUAGUACAUCUUUUUUUGUUAUUCCAAUGCCUCAUGCUUGUAAAUACAUUAAAGGGAAAAAGUGCCCCUUUGAUCCAGCUCCUCUCUACAAUUUUCUAGUUUCUUAUUUUCUCACAUAACUUUAGUCAGCCCCUGUAUAUCACAUUGAAUUCUAGAGGUUUUCUGCUACUAAUGUAAGGUUUCAUUCUCAUCUUGAAAUUUCCUGGUUUUACAAAUAGACUGAGCAAGUGUUUGUGAAGUUAAAGUAUUCUUAAAUGACCUUGGUAUAAAUGUCCUUGAAAGUAAAUGUUACCACAGGUUUUUAUCUUGUUAUAAUUCAGUAUAUUGUGGAUGAAAUAUUUUGUGAUGUCAAUGUUUUGUGUAAGUGAAUGCAAGACUAUGCACAAUAGAAAAGGUUUUCCAAUUUUACUUGUAUAUAAGAACUAAAAGAAGUAUGCCAUUUUCUGUUGCCUUUUCGAGUGACCUGAUGAAUGGCUCAUAAUUAGAAACAAAGUGUAACUGUGUAGCUGAGAUACAUUUUGAAUAAUUUUGGACAGACAAGUUUUUCAGGUUGUUGCCACUUCUGGUGUUUGUUUACUAUUGACUUUGUAGAUAUUUGUAAUUAAAUUAUUAUAAAUGUGA